GUGAUGAACGAGGACGGUCAGACAAGCACUAUCAGAGACAAGAUCCUGACGAUCGACGUGCAGCCAGGGUGGAAGCAGGGCACCAGGAUCACCUUCCCGAAGGAAGGAGACCAGGGCCCAAAUGUCAUUCCAGCUGACAUCACCUUCAUUGUCCAAGAGAAACUCCACCCGAGGUUUAAAAGAUCCAACAACAACCUGGUUUACGUCGCCACCAUCCCCUUGGGAAAGGCGCUGAUCGGCUGCACGGUGGAGGUGCGGACGCUGGAUGGGAGGCUGCUCAACAUCCCCAUCAACGACAUCGUGGACCCCAAGUACUUCAAAGUGGUGCCGGGGGAGGGGAUGCCGCUGCCGCAGGACCCCCGGCGCAAGGGCGACCUCCUCAUCUGUUUCAACAUCUGCUUUCCCAAGAAGCUCACGCCGGACAAGAAAACGCUCCUGAAAAGCGCCCUCCUCUCCUAG